AUGGCAAUCACGGAAGCAGAGAUGCGUGAGAGAGUCAACAGCGUUGAUGCCGAUUUGCAAUAUGUCUUGCAGGAGGCCGGGGCAUCCCUCGCCACACAGUAUGCAGUGUGCAACGUGCAUAGCACACUUCGCAGAUUCCAGGCCAUCGCCGAUGAUCGUGCAGGUUCGCGCACAGCUGCGAACACAGACUUUGGAGUGCCAACAGACACACCUGCAGGGCGCCAGCAAACGGCUGCCAUAGUGGCAGCGUGGAAACUUGCCAAAGAGAUUAGCUCUAAAGAAAUUGAACUCCGGGCAGAGGCCCGUGCCCUCAAUCAGCCCAGGAUUUUGCAGACCCAGGAAAGGCAAGCCUUGCUGCGCGCGGUUUCAGCAGCGUAUGGCAAGCUCAACGAGGCCGAAACACCCAGUGCAGAGUACUUGGCUUUGAAAGCAGAAGAGACCGAGCAGAAUGAACCGACUGCGGCACAGCUUGAGACCAUCACUUCGGAGCGAGAUUCUCAGACAGCCACCAUCCAGUCUAGUGUUGAUCCUGCCGGACAUUUGCGCAUCACGAAAACCAAACAGAAAGUCGAGAUGCCUCAAAACUCUGAAGCUUACCGGAGAGUCUUGAAGAUUGAGGGUUGCUCUUGGUUGGCGAUGCAGUCCAGGUAUAAAUCCAAGACUUGGCUUCAAGGCUUGACGAUGGCGGAUUUCACCAAGUUCGUCGACUACAUCCUCGGCGAGCGGGUCGCGGGUCUCAGAUUGGAGCAGGCCACGGGCUACGACAGCAGCCACAAUGCACUCUUCCGUCCCCCAUGGGGGAUUGUACUUCGCUAUGAGUACAAGUUGAGGAAAGAAGCGUUCAGGCUAGUGAAUGAUGAAGGUCAGAUGCUUUGGCUGCCUGGACAUGCAGGGGGGAGAAAGGUGAAAAGGGGGGGGAAAGGCAAGGACCCCAGGACGGGAAAAGGCAAGCAAGGAAAGGGAAAAGGCGAAGAGAAAGGUGCUUUCAGAGGCCUGCAGCUAGUCUGGAGGACGCCCGAUGGCAAGGAUAUCUGUUUCGCAUACAACAAUCAGGGUUGCCAGGGCAACUGUGGGCGCGCGCACGUGUGCAGGGUCAAGGGAUGCUACAAAGAACAUCCGGCCAUUCGCCACCAGGAGCUGUCGCAAGGCAACAACAAAGCCGAGUCGGAAGCAUGGCCCACAGGUUUUCCAUUGUCGGAUGACAAUAGAAUUAAGGUUGAGAAGGCAAAUUCCUUGUUCCAGCGAUGUCUGGAAGCUGCAUCCGCCUGUGCAUCCGCAGGAGGCAGCUUUGUGCUUGAGAGCCCUGAGGAUUUGGGUGCCACCAAGGACGGUGAGCGACCGGCGUCAUUUUGGCAGUUACCUCAGGUGCGCGACUUGCAAGUUCAGCAUAAUGCCACAACUUGGGCAUACUUCCGUUGUGCAUUCGGUGCACCUACUGCUAAACCCAGCCGCUUCCUCUGCAAUUCCGAGCGGCUGAAACAUCAGCUGCCACCGUACAGCAUUUGGCGCACAUUCGAUGCUGAAGGCCGCUACGUGGGCCCGCUCCCCCCACGCUGCCCUCGCAGCCAUCAUCCAAAACCUUUGGUAGGUCGCCAAGGUCGUGAUUGGAAUACGGCCACCUCUGUCGAGUGGCCGGCAGCUCUGUGUGAUCACCUCUUGCAUUCCAUCCUUCCUUCGGUGCUGCGCACGAGGGGGGACGCAGGAAGGAAUGCUGGCCCACCGGAGGGUCUUCGUUCUAGCACUGCCGAUAGUCCCUUGUCCUCCCCUGCAGUUCCCUCCAUUUCGGUUUCCCCAGCUGCUCGUGGUUUAGUCCCCCAGGCAGAUAGUGAGGUAGGCCCCCAGGUUGGGGCAGGCCCCGAUUCGUCGGAGGCACAUGCACACAACGCCGAGGCUUUAGCUUGUGAGAUCCUUUCGAAAGACGAGGCCCCUCGCGCCGAGGACAUCAUUUGCUUGUACGAAGCUUUGCCGAAAGAAGUGUCAGCCCGUGACCCCGAAGGCCGCACCCCGAGCUCUUUUUCCACGGGUGCCUACAACAAGGGAGGCUUGACAGGCCUGAGGAAGGCAUGCCACGAUUUCCCGCUGGCCACCAAGUGCUUGGUCCGUUUUGUUCGGAGCAUGCAUCCUUUCCAUCCUUUCAGCACCAUCAGCAUUUACGACAAUGUGUGCACUGCCCUCCAUAGGGACAGCCGCAAUGCUUGCUUCGAGAACUUGAUUAUCCCUCUUACCCAGUUUUCGGGGGGCGAGUUGUGGAUGCAACAAGACAAGGGUGCUACACCUCAGAACUUUGGAGGCUCUGAAGUGUUUGGGACGGCCGUGCCGAUUCCCCCGGAAGGCCUCUGCUUCGAUGCUCGUGGCAUCUUGCAUUGCACCAUGCCUUGGAAGGGCCGCCGACUGAUUGCCGUUGCAUUCACGGUGUCGAAGACUGAGGAGCUGAAGCAAUCGGAUGCGCGGCUUCUUGAGGACCUUGGAAUCAACUGCCCUUCCGCAAGUCAGUUGACAGGGAGGACCUUGGAUGCCGGGGAGCUGUCAUCGACGGAGAGCUCGGAAUCGGAACCGCCAUCUGGUGGCUUGGACCAGCAAGCAGACGAUGUCUUCAGACCAGAGCUUUGUGGCAACUUCGGAAAUCCCUUGAUGCUGGAGUGGGAUGGGAGAGAGUCGCCUAUCACUGACGGCUAUGGUCUUUGUUCUCCAACGCGUUGGCAUCCUGCCUCCCGUGGAGCAUCACUACCAGAGCAAUCAAAGGACCUGUCAAGACGCUUGAAUGGCUUGGUGCAGCAGUUUGUCGCAGAGCAGGUGCCAGACUGCCAAUUGCUGGCACUCAAGUUGGCCACCGGGCAGAUUCUGGAAUCGCCUUUUGAUGAAGGUGCGAUGCGACGCGUUCGCGAGGACUGGGCUGCACUUGUAUGCGAGACUGACGGAGCCAAACACGAAGGCUUGCUGGAAGUUCCUGAUCCGCAGCCUUUCUAUCUUCGGUUGCUCUCGCACACGUCGCGCUUGCUGGAAGACCCAGACUGGAAAAUCUUGACAGAAGGCGAGGAGUGCUUUGAGAAAGGUGUUCCAUUGGGCUAUGACGAGACCAUACCUAGGGUGCCCCAGGUUUUCGAUCGGAAGGUCAAAUGGAGAAAACUUGAUGAGAGCACUUUUGAGGCGGUCAAAGAAAAAUACCAGAGCGCGAAGCUCACCGUGCAGGAGAUGGAGAUGAAGUUCAGGGAGGAGGAGAAGCUUGGGCGGAUGUACCCGACCACUUACUCCGCUUUGGCGGCCGAGCAUGGAGCGGACAGGGUACGUAUAGCAGCGAUGGGAGCGGUCGCCAAGCCAGACGGCAGCGUCCGUCCCCUACAUGAUGGCACCCACGCGGUGAAGAUCAACAAUGGCAUUCGGUUGCUGAACCAAACGGCCACGCCUGGCCCUGCGGAAUGUGCCGACGGAUUCGUCGUGUUGGCCGGUUGGGAGCUAAGUGAUGACACCAAGACUUCUAAGUGGUUUUCGCUGCGCUUGACACCGAGAGGAGAAAUUUCACAAUGGGCAUCAGGCUCAGCAGAACUGCUGGCAACAUUGGCGGCCCUUCACAUCUUCGGAUACUUGACCGCCUCUGUGGACAGAAAGGAAUUGGACGUUGAGUGCGCCGCGGACACAGACAAUCAGGGCAACUCGAGAUUGCUCAAGAAGGGGUCAUCAACAAAGUGGCCCCUCAUGUUGAUCAACAUGCAGUUGUCUGACCUGCUUCUUCGCUCUUCCUUGAAGCUCCUCCUACGGUGGAGGCCGCGCGAUGAGAAUCAGUACGCGGACCAACUCACGAACGAGAUUUUCACCAACCUCUCGGACGAACAUCGCAUUGCAUGCAGUUACUCGGAUUUGCCUCUUUCGCUUCUGCAUCAGUUGUGGGAGACCAAAGAAAGCUUCGACUCAGCACGAAGGGCUCAGGCCGUGCUGCAACAGGAUGCCUCGGGGCAUCGUCCUCAGAAGAGGAAGGCAGAGAAAACUCCUUGGUAG